AUGUAUCUCACCAAGGAGGAAGUGGUGGGUGUUCAAAUUCAAGCGAAAUAUUGGAAUCCAAAUUUGGGUCAGAGACAGAUCUUCACCUAUCUCACUCCAAUUCAGGUGGAGGACAUUCCUCUAACAGGGAAACCCCAAUUUUGGAAGGAUUGGGAGGGUCAUUGGGUUCACCAUCCAUUGGACCCGAUUAACCCGUUUCGUAAGAACUUUUCUCUUCAACGUCCAGAUUUAAAUAUGAAGGUUUGCAUGUGGAACGUUCGAGGAGCAUGCAGAGAUUUGUUCUUAUCUCAUGCAAAGGAGAUCAUUGGCUCUCAUCAUCCUGAUAUUUUCAUUUUCCUGGAAACAAAAUCGGAUGGAUCAAGAGGUAGGGAGGAGGCGUUGGUCUCUGGUUUGCAUGCUCCUAGUUCUUCAGGGGCAAGGCAUAAAUAUUGGCGAGGCAUGCAAGGUGAUCUCCCACCACCUACCACUCCGUGGUUGGUUCUUGGCGAUUUAAAUGAAAUCACUGCUCAAUCCGAAAAGAAGGGAGGGAGAGCCUUUAAACCAGCUCAAUGCACCGAUCUAGUAAACUUCAUGGAUGACGCAGGACUAGUGGAUAUUGGGUACAAUGGAUGCCCUUACACUUGGACAAACGCACGUCAAGGAGCUGCUCUAAUUCAGGAAAGACUCGAUCGUGCCUUGGUGAAUUCGGUAUGGCUAAACUCCUUUCCUUUUACUAAAGUUCACCAUUUACCUCGUACUUAUUCUGAUCAUGCCCCUAUUUUAAUAAGUUUAACAAACCCUAAUCAUUCUGGAAAUUAUCCUUUUAGAUGUAAAGAAGUUUGGUUAAAUCAUCCCAAUUUUCAUUCUUAUUUUGUUAAUAAUUGGAAACCUCCUACAGAGGAUUUUCUCCAAGGAAGGGAUAAAUUUCUUCGUACUGUGCAUUCCUGGAGCUAUAAUAUUUUUGGUAAUUUAAGAAAUCAAAAGAGAAACAUUUUAGCUAGAAUAAAUGGAAUUCAAAUUUCGCUAAGUAAACAUUACUCUCAAUUUUUGGUAAAUCUGGAGGCUAGACUUCUUGAAGAUCUUAAUGAUAUUUAUAAAAAAGAAAGAAUUAUUUGGGCUCAAAAAGCUGGAAUUAAUUGGAGAAAGUUUGGUGAUUAUAACACUAAAUACUUCCAUACAUUAGCAAAAAUUAAGAAAGCGCAAGGUAAGAUUCUCACCUUACAAAAUAAUUUAGGGGAUUGGAUUACAGAUCAACAAUCUCUAAGGAAUUUAGCAACAACUUACUUCGUCAAUUUAUUUACCACUACUCACUUUUCGAGUCUGUUAAACAGUAGUACUAUUGGUAAUAUAGGAUUAGAUGACUCUGAAAAAUCUAUGUUUUUGGCUAGGGUUACAUUGGAUGAGGUCCGUUUAAAUCUUUUUAAUAUGGACCCUACUAAAUCCCCGGGUCCAGAUGGAAUUCAACCGAUUUUCUUUCAAAGAUUUUGGAGUGAUAUGAACAUUUCACUGUCCACUUUUUGUGCUUCCUGCUUUGAAAGUGGGAAAAUCCCGGCUGAAAUUAAUUAUUCUUACAUUGCCUUAAUUCCUAAAAUUCAAGGGCCUUCAAGCAUCACAGAAUUUAGACCCAUUGGGUUAUGCAACACUAUUUACAAGCUAAUAACUAAAAUUAUCUCCUCAAGAUUAAAACAAGUGCUUCAUCGGAUUGUUAGUCCGUUACAAUCUAGCUUCAUUCAAGGUAGGGGAAUAGAGGACAACGUUAUCCUUGUUAAAGAAAUGGCACAUGUUUUUCAUAAAGCAAAAAAGAGAAAUAAAAUAAUGGCGUUGAAAUUGGAUAUCUCUAAGGCAUAUGAUAGUCUAGAAUGGGAUUUUAUAAGAGACACAUUAUUACAUUUCAACUUCCCUCACAAAACUAUAUCUCUUAUUAUGUCUUGUAUUACGUCUUCGUCUAUUUCUAUUCUCUGGAACGGAGAAAUUUGUGACAAAUUCUAUCCAACUAGGGGGAUUAGACAAGGGGAUCCUUUAUCCUCUUACAUCUUUGUGUUAUGUUUAGAUAGGCUUUCUACUAUGAUAGAAGAGCAAGUUCAUUUAGGUUUGUGGAACCCGAUUCCUAUUUCAAAAAAUAUUAAACUUUCGCAUGUUUUUUAUGCGGAUGAUGUUUUUUUAUUUAGCACAGCCUCUGCUCGGAACUUGUGUAAUAUUAUGGAAACUCUAGAGGACUUUGGACACAGGUCAGGUCUAAGGAUUAGUAUGCAAAAAUCUACCAUCAUCUUCCCUAAUACGAUGCAUCAUUCAAUUAGACAAGAGAUAGCUGAUCCCUAUGGCCUCAGAAUUUCAACUUGUUUUGGGAAAUACUUAGGUAUUGACAUUAGACCAAAUAAACUAAAGAUUAGUAAUUACCUUCAGCUUCUUGAUAAAUCUACUAACAAGGUUAAAGGUUGGCAGGCUAAGCUUUUAAAUAUGGCAGGUAGAUGUACCUUGGUUAAAUCUGUGUUAAAUUCCUUUCCGGUUUAUGUUAUGCAGACUAAUAUUUUGCCUAUUUCUAUAGUAAACAAAAUAGAAAAAUGUAGUCGCAAAUUUCUUUGGAAUAAAACUGAAAGAAAUAGGUACAUGACUAGGAUCUCUUGGGAAAAGGUUACUAAUUCCAUUGAUAAUGGAGGAUUGGGAAUACGUAGGUUAAAGGAAUGGAACCUUUCUUUUAUGGCAAAAUUAGGUUGGUCUAUCUUGACUCGUCCAGACAAACUUUGGGUUCAAGUUUUUAAAGAAAAAUAUAUUAAAAAAUCCAAUUUUUUGGAUUGUAUCCCAAAUAGUAAUCAAUCACCAUUAUGGAGAGACAUUCUUAAAGGCCGACCGAUUCUGAAAAAAGGUUUAAUUAUUAAUAUAGGAAAUGGGAAGUCAACCUCCUUAUGGUUUCAUCACUGGAUUGGGGACGGUCCUUUGUAUACUCUUAAAGACGUUAAAAUUCCAGAUUCUAAAGCCCAUUGGUACGUUAAUAGAAUUAUUAGAGGAGGAAAAUGGUAUUUGGAGGAUAUUAUUCAUUUAAUCCCUAAUCAAAUCAAAAAUCUUAUUCUAGCUUAUCCUUUAAGUACAAAUGAUAAAGAGGAGGACUUUAUUAGAUGGCAAUAUUCUAAAAAUGGAGCUUUCACCAUUAAAUCUGCGUACUAUAUUCAACUUAAUGGCUCUUUACGCUCAGUAGAUAAUGGUCAAUCUUUCUGGAGGUCUAUUUGGAAGAUAAAAGUUCCCUACAAAUACAGAAUGUUGAUUUGGAAUUGUGCUCAUGAGAUUCUUCCUGUAGCCCAAGGUUUAAAUCGAGUUAUUCAUCAGAUUAGCUCUAUUUGUUCAAGAUGUCUCUCAGAUCAAGAAUCUCAUAUCCAUUUAUUCAGAGACUGUGCUCAAUCAAGCAUUCUAUGGUCUUUCAUUUUUCAGAGGAUUUGGAAUACUGAAAAUUUUAAUCUCAGUUCUUUUUACAAUCUUCAAUGGAAACAAUGGAUCACGUUUAAUCUUUUAUGUUCUAUGAGAUGGAAAGUCCUUUUUUCUGUUGCCAUUUGGCAUAUUUGGAUUUCUAGAAAUAACGCUAUUUUCAAUCUCCAAAUGAAGCAUUGCUUUUCAUUGUAUAAUUCCUUUUUUGUGGACUGGAAAAGUACUAAUUUCAUUUUGCAGGGUAAGGAUGUGAAACAGAAUCAGGUAGCUGGAAAUUUUGCUUUCAAAUGGCUCCCACCAAAACCAGAUUUCUUGAAGCUCAACGUGGACGGAGCAUGGAAAUCCAUGACUGAAGCAGGAGGAGGGGGAGUUUUCAGAAGGCCUAAUGGCUCAUGGUUCGUAGGCUUCUCAUGUAAAUUCAACGUGAGCUCUCCUCUAGCUGCAGAACUGUAUGCGCUCAGAGAAGGUUUAAUCAUUGCAAAGGAUCUUAGCAUGGACAAAUUGGAGGUGGAAACAGAUGCUGUCCAACUCAAGUUAAUGUUGGAGAAAAUGGAUGAGAAUAGUUAUCAUGAGCUCAGCCCUGUCCUGAAGGAAGUGGCUAAUAUGUUAAGUCAGAACUGGAUCAUUACUUUCAAUCACAUUCCUCGUUUCUGCAACAAAGUAGCUCAUGAUCUUGCAGCACAUUCUUUGGUGAUGGCUGUUGGUCACAAACUACACUACAUUAUACCAGCUUGUGCAAAGGAGCACUAUUUUAAAGAAUUUGAAUUGACUAAUCUGGAUUACGCAGAGUUUGUAAGAGGAGAAGCUGGGAUAGGAACCACUGGUGCAACCCAAGUAACCCCUGCAGUUCCAACAACUUCUUCAGCAGCACAAAUUGUGUUUGGUUCAAUUGUUACAGAUAUCAAGCAAGCAGCAGAUAUUGCACGUGGGAAACAACAGUUCGCACAGGAUAAAGGAAAGGGUAAAAUGUUCGAACCUUUUGUUGUUGGUGGCUCAACAGUUUCUAAUCCCAUAGAAAUUGUUGAGCUAGAAGAUGGUGAGGUAGCCAACAAUUAA